UCCUGCUCAGUUUCCUGCCCCGCUUCUCUCCGCGGCCGCUUGGGCUCCCGUCCCGGCACCUUCGCGUGCCCGCCCCCUCGCUUGGGAUGGUAGCGGACUCGGGGCUCCGGGAGCAGCUUCCCAGCAGCUGAAGCCUGCCCAUCCGAUCCGGUGGUCGAAGUGCUUGGCAGACCGCCUCCCCCCGCCCCCGGCUGUCACCACCCAAUCCCGGGCCGAGAUUACCCAAGCGCGGGGAGCUUGGACCGGUCGAGCCUUCCCAAGGCCGGCGGCUUGUCCUCCGCGCUUCUCCCGGGGCUCGCUCGGCGGCCUUUCCAGGGGCGGGCGCUGGGAUGGGCCGCUUCCUGCGCUUACCCAGACGGUCGCUUUAGGGAGGCUGGGGACUCUCAACCUGCUUUUGCCGGGUUAUCAAAGCGUCCGAGGGACGGACGGACGGACGGACGGAGCGACCGACCCUCCCUCUUCCUUCCCUGGGCAGUAGCCAUGGCGGCCCCCGAUCUGUCUGCGAACCUCCAGGAGGAAGCCACCUGCGCCAUCUGCUUGGACUACUUCACGGACCCCGUGAUGACCGACUGCGGCCACAACUUCUGCCGGGAGUGCAUCAGCCGCUGCUGGGGACAGGCCGAGGGCCCGUUCCCGUGCCCGGAGUGCAGAGAGAUGUCCCCACAGAGGAACCUGCGGCCGAACAGGCCGCUGGCCAAGAUGGCCGAGAUGGCCCGGCAGCUGCACCCGCCGUCGCCCGUGCCCCAGGGCUCGUGCGCGAAGCACCGGGAGCCGCUGAAGCUCUUCUGCGAGGAGGACCAGGCGCUGCUGUGCCUCGUGUGCGAGCGCUCCCGGGACCACUGGACCCACCGGGUGUGCCCCGUGGAGGACGCCGCUGAGGACUACAAGGGAAAGUUGGAGAAAUCACUGGAGCACCUGAGGAAGCAAAUGGGGGAAGCUCUACAGUUUCAGACUCAGGGAGAGGAGACCUGCAUUAUUUGGCAGAAAAUGGUAGAGAGCCAGAAACAGAAUGUUAUCGCCGAGUUUGAUAAGCUUCGACAGUUCCUGGCUGAGGAGGAGCAGAGACUCCUGCAGAAGCUGGAGGAGGAAGAGAGGGAGACUCUGCCUAGGCUCAGGGAGAACAAGGCUAAGCUGAUUCAGCAGAGCCAUUCCUUGGAAGAGCUGAUCACAGAGCUAGAGGAGAGAUGCCAACGGUCUGCCUUGGGCUUGUUGCAGGAUGUCAGAGAAGUACUGCAUAGGAGUCAGGAUGUGAAGUUGGAGCUGCCAGAGGUCGUUUCCAUGGAGCUGAGGACUGUAUGCAGGGUUCCUGGGCUGGUAGAGAUGCUGAGGAGAUUCAGAGGAGAUGUGACUCUGGAUCCAGAUACAGCAAAUCCUGAAUUGGUCCUCUCUGAAGACAGGAGAAGUGUGAGAAGGGGGGAUGUACGGCAAGCAUUGCCUGACAGCCAGGAGAGAUUUGAUCCUGGUCCAUGUGUGCUUGGUCGUGAAAGCUUCACUUCUGGGAGACACUAUUGGGAGGUGGAGGUUGGGGAGAGGGUUAAUUGGGCUCUGGGAGUUUGUAAAGAAAAUGUGAACAGAAAGGAGACAGGGGAAUUGUCUGCUGGCAAUGGAUUCUGGAUCCUGGUGUUCUUUGGAAACUAUUACUAUUCUCCUGACCAGACCUUUAUUCCACUUAGAGAGGCUCCCCGGCGAGUGGGGAUUUUUCUGGAUCAUGAGGCUGGACAUAUCUCAUUUUAUAGUGUAACUGAUGGAUCCCUCUUAUUCAUGUUCUCCCAGAUAACCUUCUCUGGGACACUCAGACCCCUGUUUUCCCCCAUAUCCUGUAGCCCAAUCCCUAUGACCAUCUGCCGGGUAAUAGGAGGAGCUGAGGAAUCUUUUACCUCCUGAUGAUUUCUCUGACAUUUUGGCUCAACUCAUCUUUUGUGAUCAGGAAGUCUUAAGUUGCCUAGGUAUCUUACGGUCCCAGGGUUAGUCCUUUCCAUUUGUCUCAGCAAUUAAUUCAAAAGGAUGUGGAGAUUAUAAAGAAAGAGAUCCUUUUUAUUUUAAGCUCAUGAAUAUGGACUUUAUACCACUGAGAUAAAUAGUUUGGUGCCAAAACAUUAAGCCUUCCAAAUUUGUAUGCACCCUAUCCAAACCAUUGGUUUUCCCCAAAUGGUGUGAGGGAAAGAUUUUUGAGCUGAGUCAUGCAAUCAGGAUUCUAAUCCUCACUUUUCUUCUACAAGGUAGCUGUUUGACCCUGGGAAAAAUCAUUCCAUCUCUGGAUUUCGUGAUGAAACUUAGACCAGAUAAUGUCUGAAGUCCUCACUGUCUUUGUAAUGUUCUCAUUUUCGCACCAAAUGUCAAAAAUGAUCUUCAGAUGCAGAAAAAUCUUUAAGGUUUUAG